CGUUCUCCUGCCCUGAAAAAGCCUUUCAUAAACUCCCACCGACGCAAAACACAAACCCUUUCGGUUCUCGGCUCCUCUGCCCCCGGCGAUGGACGAGCUCUCGGAGAGCCAACCGAUCUCGGGGCCGAAUGGCCGGGCCGCGGCGCCUCCGGCGGCGGAGGGCGUGGGGCUUCGCAUUGGCCAGAGGGUCCACGCCGUCGGCAAUCCCCGGCGGAUCGGAACGGUGAGGUACGUGGGAGCGGUCGAGGGGUACGCCGGAGAGUGGGUCGGCGUUGAUUGGGACGACGGCGAAGGGAAGCACGACGGGUCCCACGGUGGGAUCCGGUACUUCACAGCGAGGGGCGAGAGAUCGGGGUCGUUCGUCCGCCCCAAGAACCUUAGCACCGGGAUCUCGUUUUUGGAGGGCCUUCAUCGCCGCUACCGAGGCAAUUCGACCAAAGAAGAAGAGGAUGAGAUGUAUGUUUUCUCAACCAGCCAAAAGCAUGUAUCCAUACAACUCGUUGGAAAAAAUAAAAUCCAGGAGAAGUUAAAUCACUUUAAGGAGUUGCUUGGUGCAUCUGUAUCUUAUUUGGGAGUUAGCUCAGCUGAAACUUCUAAUGAAAUUAAUGCUAUAGUUCCAAAUCUUGAGGAACUUGAUUUGACAGGAAAUCUGCUUUCAAGAUGGCAGGAUAUUGGUACCCUCUGCGAAGCUCUACCAUCUCUAAAAAUUCUAAACUUGACAAACAAUCUUAUGGAUUGUGAAAUUCCUAAGCUUUCGUCACUUGUGAGCAUUCGUGUUCUGGUUCUCAAUAAUUGCGGCAUAACAUGGAAUCAGGUUGAGAAAUUCAAAGAAUCACUUCCUGCUAUUGAAGAGCUUCAUCUAAUGGCAAAUAAUUUAAGCAUGAUAGGGCCUACGUCUAGUUCUUAUGCUCAAGGAUUCGACACAUUGCGGAUUUUAAAUUUGGAAGAAAACUGUAUCAAAUCAUGGGAUGAAAUAUUGAAGCUUUCUUAUUUAAGAAGUUUGGAACAGCUCCAUUUGAACAGGAACAGAUUGAAACAUAUAUCCUACCCUCUUGAUCAUCAAAGGCCAGAGUUACUGAGUGAUUGUGACAUGCAAGACACGGUUAUUAGGCCUUUUGAAAAUUUGCAGUGCCUUCUUCUAGGAUCCAAUGAGAUUGACGACUUGGCAUCAAUAGAUUCCUUGAACAUAUUCCCUAGAUUGAUGGACAUCAGGCUUUCUGAGAAUCCUAUAGUAGAUCCAAGUAAAGGUGGCCUCCCAAGAUUUGUUUUGAUUGCACGUCUUGCAAAAAUCAAAAUGCUUAAUGGGAGUGAGGUAAGCCAACGUGAAAGGAAGGAAUCAGAAAUUCGGUAUGUCCGCCUUGUCAUGGCCAAGAUGCAAUCAGAUGAUUUGGAAGACUUGAGACAUUUUCAUCCAAGGUUUGCGGAGCUGAAGGCACUGCAUGGUAUCGAAUAUGAGAGGCCAUCAUCUGGAAUUGCAGGACCCCAAAAAAUGUCUUCUGGACUUAUUAGUGUUACAUUGAAGUGUAUUGGAGCUUCCAUGGGGGAGAAGCAGCCUUUGACCAAAAAGCUGCCGCCUACUACUACUGUUGGCAAGUUAAAGGUCCUCUGUGAAAGCUUCUUUAAACUGAAAGAUAUCAGGUUGAGAUUGUAUAUUCAGGAAGAGGGAUUGCCACUGCCUCUAUUGCUCGAGGAUGAUAUGACUGCCAUUGUGGAUCUUGGAGUAGGCACCGGGACGACUGUUUUAGUGGAUGAAGAAGGUUAGAACCUAAGACCAGUAUGAAGAUACCCCGCCGUCGGUUUUGGAUACCACGCAUUGGACAUUGGUUUUGGAACUCCUGCAUUGGAUCGAUCUUAGUUCAGCCUCAUGUAUGGCCAGGUUAAAGAAUAUUAAAUCUCUUUGAAUUGGAUAAGGCACCUCUUACUGAUGUUGACUAUUACCAGUAUCAACAA